AUGCCUCCAUCUCAUCGUAAGUUAUCCAGCCACUUCACCAUGAUGAAAACUAAACUUGUCCCUUCCAGCAUACAAAGAUAUUCCAAUCGCAAAUGACGCUCCAUUUGAGCUCAAGCCCUCACCAGAAAAAGGAUGGGGGUGUUUUGCUAAGACUAAUAUCGCGGAAGGAUCCGAGAUAUACAUAGAAGAACCACUCCUAGUAGUCCCGAGAACAAGUUACAAAGCCGCAGAAGCCGUCGUUCAAGCUGCCGCCAACAAACUAGGAGACCGCGACUUGAGGAUAUUCUCUUGGCUCCGCAAGAAUGGUGAUGCCACAAAAAAAUACACUUAUUACCGCGAUGCUCUCUCCGACAGCUACUUCGAAAUUAAACAGUCAAAAGCACCCAGUCACCUCUACGUUGUACACUCACGCUUCAACCACUCAUGUGUCCCCAACAUGCAGGUCACUCACAAUAAUGUGCAGCUCAAAAGCUACGCAUUUCGGGACAUCAUGGCUGGCGAGGAAAUAACAUUCAGCUACAGGGAAAUGCUGUACAAAACAAGUGCCCAACGCCGCGAAGAGCUUCAAGAGGAGAAAAUCUUUGUACGUGAUUGUAGAGCCUGCGUACCCGGAAAUCCAUUUCAGGAACAAAGCGACUCACGAAGAAGACUCCUCAGGGGUCUGAAAUUUCUCAGAACUGGCGAAGACCCAGAAGAAAGGGAAAAUUCCCCUGAUAGAUACCCAAUCAUCUUCGACGCACAACUAAAGCAAGACAUUGCAAAUAAGAGAGUUGCCAUAUAUCUCGAGUUCAUUUGCAUGCUUCUGAGUGCAUGUCUUUCAGAAAAGGAGGGUUUCCUUGGUUAUUACAAAACGAUAGGUACUGUGGAAGAGAGGCUCUCAGAGUUUGUGGACACCUUAGGAACGGCAAACCAUAAAGAAAUUGCUAGACAUGUCUUGUCACAGGAAACAUGGUGGAAAAAGUUCUGCGAGGCUUGCAAAUUGUAUGGUCGUGUAGAUGCGAAUGAUGACUCGCAGAUUCCUUGGCCACAUUGGGGUGACAUUUUGCCAGUGAUUCUUCGAACCUGGACACCUUGA